CAUUUUGCGAUCUACAAAUGAAAAAAUAAAGAAAAAAAAGAAAGAAAGAAAGUGAUCAGCACCUAAAUUAUCUCCUGAAGAAGCAUUGCACAAUGUUUUGGCGGGACUCCUUAAAUAAGGUGGAGCCGUUAAAAUUGAUUCCUCAAAGAAUUUGAACGCCAUGGCUUCUAUUUCUGAAAUUGGUUCAGCGGUUUUCGAAGCUGGGGCUAAAGGAGACCUUAAACAACUUAAGGCAAUUAGAAAAAAGGUUGGUGAUGAGUUGGAAUUCCGGAAGAUAUGCGAUGAAUACUACGAUUUCUCCAGUGGCCGGAAUGUCUUGCAUCACGCGGCUGGAAUUGGACAUUUUGAUAUUUGCAAAUUCUUGAUAGAGGGCGUCCAAGUUUAUAUAAAUUCCUUUACUUCCAAGAGGGAUACUCCUCUGGCAGAAGCUGUGAAAGGGGGACACAUCAAAACUGUGAAGUUUCUCAUCAAACAUCGUGCUGUAAGUGGUUUUGCAAAUAAUGAGGGAUUCACUCCAUUGCACUAUGCAGUUCUAAAAGAUAAUAUCGAGCUUGUGCAAUUGUUGCUGAUGGGAUGUGGUUUGGUAGAUCGAGAUUCUGUAGAUGGAACGCCUUUACAGAUUGCUGUUUCUCGUGGAAAUGUUGAGGCUGUCAAGUGCCUCCUAUCUCGUGGCGCAAACCCGUCUUUUUAUGAUGCAGUUGCCGACACCCCUCUUUUAUGUGCCGUCAAGUCUCGCUCAUUUGAAUGCUUCAACGUGCUGCUUGAGGCUGGUGCGAACCCAAAUGUGCAUUACACCGGGUUAAGUCCUUUGGGAUUUGCUGCAAAACAAGACGACACAAAAUUUCUUAAGCGUUUGCUUGAAGCUAAAGCAAAUCCAGAUUCAUUUCUAGCAGAUUUUACUAAACCAAUUCAGGAUGCUGCUAUGGUGCGUAAUCGUGCUGCUGUGGAGAUUUUGUUUCCAGUGACUGAACAAAUUGAGCAUUAUCCAAAUUGGACUGUUGAUGGCAUAAUCGAGUACACUAAUUCUGAAGAAUUUAAAACAAAGAUGGAGAAUAACAUGACAAUCUGCUUGGCAGCAAUAGACAUCAGAGGGAAGCAAUAUGCGAGCAAUAAGGAAUACACCGAUUCCAUCAUAAACUAUAGAAUGGCUACGCACCUUGAACCGUCAAACCCCACGUGGGUAUUAAAGCUAAGCACGUGUGAAGCACGCAUGGGUCAAUGCAAUCGUGCUCUGUUUAAUGUUCAGAAAUGCAUUAGACUCAAGCCAGACUUGGCCGUCCCUUACCAUGAAGGAGAAAUUGCUUAUGAGAUAGUCAAGAAAUUCCUCAUGGCAUGCCUUGCCUUCUCGUUGGACCCUCACAACAGGAAAACUGGUGAUGCAUUUAGAGUUAGUUUGUUUGAUUACUUUGUUUGGUUGAGUCAGAUGAGCAGCCCCGACCAGAUUUUGAGUAGUAUUCUAUUGUAGAUAACAUUGUAGAAUUUCCCCAUUUUUUGGAGGAGAUAAUAUUUUGGAUCAUAUUCAAUUGUCACAAUCAUAUACUACUUCUCCACAUUGAUUCAGAAUCCAUUGCAAAUAGUAUUUGUUUCCGACUGCAUAAA